UGGCAUUGAGCGAGGAGCCUAACAGUUCUAAACUGUCUUCUGCUGUGUGGCAGAGAGCAACUUCUUAGCAGACUGGGGUGUGGCGGCUUUCAAAACACUGAAAGAAAUCAGAGACCGCUCAACGUUGGUUAUCCAACGGCGCUUAGUAGUCAAAACCCUCGGCGACCAGCAAACGGACUAACCGAGGGAAACAACGGGGAUUUUUGUUUUGCAUUUUCUGAUUCAUUCAGUUUCUCGUCGCCGAUUAUCUCGUCGUUCGACUUGCUUUCUAAUACCUGAGCGCAAAAAACUUUUUUUGCAAACUUUUUGUGGAUAUAUGUGUUUUUCCUUUUCCUGUCCGCGUGAUGUAAAACUCCAACGUCUGGCUACUUGGUUUCUCUCGGGAGCGUUAAACGUCAACGGAUUCCAGGUGUUGUUUUAAUCUCAGUAUCUUAGAUAUACAUUUCUUUUUUUGUUACUCAAUCCCAAACGUUUUCGAAAGAUAUAUCGGACGUAUAAAACUGGCGUUUUGGAUCUAGUAGUCUCUUAAGGACAUUUCCCCUCCUUGGACUUGCGACAGUCAUUUUUUUUCAAAACCAAAAGAGGAAGUUAGUCACGGAAGACUAAUUAAAAAACUCCAGUCGCUUUAAAAGGGUAAUACCUUUUAUUUUUUUCUCCUAAAUCUAUACUCAUAAAUCCGUAGCCCUGAAGCGCGCAUUCGGAACCAUGGGCUGUACCGUGAGCCAGGAAGAUAAAGCCGCGGCCGAGCGGUCCAAAAUGAUUGACAGGAAUCUGCGAGAGGACGGCGAGAAAGCCGCCAAAGAAGUGAAACUGCUGCUGUUGGGUGCUGGAGAAUCGGGGAAGAGCACCAUUGUAAAACAGAUGAAGAUUAUCCAUGAGGACGGCUACUCAGAGGAAGAGUGCAAGCAGUAUCGAGCAGUGGUCUACAGUAACACCAUCCAGUCCAUCAUGGCCAUCAUUAAAGCCAUGAGCAACCUCAAGAUCGAAUAUGAGGACAGUGCCAGAGCGGAUGAUGCACGUCUGUUGUUUUCCCUGUCCGGGGGCGCGGAGGAACAGGGCAUCCUGCCAGACGACCUGGCCAAUGUCAUCACCAGACUGUGGGCUGAUGGAGGGGUACAGAGCUGCUUCACCCGCGCCAGAGAGUACCAGCUCAACGACUCUGCUGCAUAUUAUCUGAAUGACAUGGAUAGGAUAGGCAAAGCAGACUACAUCCCAACCCAGCAGGACGUGCUGAGGACCAGAGUGAAGACCACUGGCAUCGUAGAGACACAUUUCACCUUCAAAGACUUGCAUUUCAAGAUGUUUGAUGUCGGCGGUCAGCGUUCAGAGAGAAAGAAGUGGAUCCACUGUUUCGAGGGGGUGACAGCCAUUAUCUUCUGUGUGGCCAUGAGCGCGUACGACCUUGUGCUGGCUGAGGAUGAAGAAAUGAAUCGAAUGCACGAGAGCAUGAAGCUCUUCGACAGCAUUUGCAACAACAAGUGGUUCACGGAGACCUCCAUCAUCCUGUUCCUUAACAAGAAGGAUCUGUUUGAGCAGAAGAUCACACGCAGCCCCUUGAGCAUCUGCUUCCCUGAGUAUGCAGGUGACAACAACUACGACGAGGCCGCCGAGUACAUCCGCACCAAGUUUGAGGACCUGAACAAGAAGAAAGAAACCAAGGAGAUCUACCCUCACUUCACCUGUGCCACAGACACGAAGAACGUGCAGUUCGUUUUCGACGCCGUCACCGACGUCAUCAUCAAAAACAACCUGAAGGAUUGCGGGCUCUUCUAGAGCACGAAAACAGGAAGACGAGUCGAGAUUACUUGAACAGUUUUGAUGACCGGAGGAAGUAGGGGUGGAAUAUGUCCCGAGCAUCUGCACUGGCCAACCACGACUCCUGCUUCCACACGACGACUGAUAGCUCAAAGGAGCCCGACACAAUUUCAACGAUUGCCAACGACCUUAGCCUCUCUGUCCUCCCUCCCGACAUCGUGUUUUGACAUUUAAUAUCUGUAUUAUUAACUCCUUGGGCUAUGACCACCAAUCACCAACUGUUGUAUUAUCCUUUGUCCAUAUUUGUUGUUUAUUUUCUUUCUUUUUGUUUGGAGUAAUAGCAGAGGCAGCAAAAUGUUUUUAUAUGAUACUUUCGUUUUACUCUAGGGAAUCUGAUGUGCAAAUUUUAUUAAACUUUUAAUUGCAUAAUGCUUAUUUUUUAAACAACCAGCAGGCGUUGGAUACAGAGUAUGAUUGAAAAAGGAAAGCGCUUUUAUGAUGUUUACAUGACGUCUUUGUUGAUAGUGCACCGAAAAGUCGUCCUGCAUGAUAGAAGAUAGCGAAUAUAUCAAUACAAGUAAUCAGUUCACAUCAGCGUAACAUUCCUUUUUAAAAUUAAAUUUUGAAAAAGUACAAAAAAGAACAAAAAAUCUAAAAAAGCACAAAAAAAAGCUUCACGAAUGGGGAAAGAACUGCUCAGAUGUAACAGAUAUUUAAAGUAUGUACGUAACAGUAUCUAACAGUCUUUUUUUCUUCUCUUCUAUCUUCCCGUUCUUCUUUCUAGCAUUCUGUUUGUGCCUUGACUUCCGUUUACAAUGGACUUUAUUUUCUCCCCAAGUUGUCCUACUGUACGUAAACAUUUCUGCUCCAGGAUUUUCACACCAUGUAAGAAUAAAUAGUGAUUAAUAAUGGAAAUCUAAUUGAAAAAAGGGUAGUGUUUUUGUUUCGUUUUUUGGUAAAGAUUAAAAUUCUUUUCAAAGUCCUAUAUAAUGAUUUAAUUUAAAUAAAAGUUCAUUCACUAGA